AUGAGGCGCACGAGUAAAAAUAGCCUCGGGCAUCCCCGCCCCACCCGUAGGCGUCGCCGUCCUGAGACCGCUUCCGCCCUCUCCUCGGUUCCUCACGCGGGCGGGGAGGCGGGUCCGCAGAAACAGCGCCCCCUCCCUUCGCCCUCCCGUUUUCCUCGGACCGCGCCGAAGCGGGAAUUCCUGCUGCGCCACAGCUCUGGGCGGCUCCUUCCUCCCUUUCGCAGGCCUAGGCCCUCCUGGAAGGUACUGGAGGCCCAGCAGAGGGGGAGCGGCCAGGGAAGGCCGGGCCUUGUUUACUUCCCGCCCUUCAGCACGUUGCGAGACACACGUCGCCAAGCUGGUUGGCCAAGGACGUUAGCCGCAAAAACGCACACAAGCGCGCGGGCGCGCGCGCGCGGAUACACUUGCUUCGUUGUUUCUGGCCGCCUCAGGAGGGGAGGCGAGGGGACAACAAGAAUUACUCGCUUUAAGCGUCCCAGGGAUUCGCUUUUAACGCCGCGAGGAAGUUGCAGUAAGAGCAAGGAGCGAAGGAAAGAGGAGAGGCCACCGGUGGGUAAUAGUCAGGCACGAAGAGUCAGGCCUCGCAUUUCAGAGGACCUAAAAAUAGGUUUUCUCAUCUCUGAUCAUGCCACCCAAACUGAGAUAAGUGAAGUAGGAGAUCUAAAACAGUCUACAGCAAUGACAAGAACUUUAUUAGAGUUUGCAUACUCUCUCUGUGAUGACUUUGCAAUGUAUAAAAAUAUUCUGAAAAUACAGUAUGAGGAAAAAAUACAGGAAUAUUCAUCCAAACUCUGGCUAGAGAUAACUGACCGACUGGAAGACAUUGACAAACUUUAUAAGCAGAAAGAAAUGAAAACACGUUAUAGCUACCAACAACAAUUAAGUGAUGCACUUGCUAUUCUUAAAAUGAACUAUUCGAAAUAUGCACAAGUUGAUGAACAAUGUAAAGUGGAUUUAUCAGCUGCAAAAAUAGAUAAGUUAAGGAGAAUCAUUGAUGAGCAAGCAGAUAAAAUUGAAUAUUUAACAGCGCUGUUAGAGGAAGAGAAAGACAUGAGAGAUGAAAAGCUUCAACGUGAAGGGUACGUUGAUGUGGAGUGGCAUCGGCAACAGAUGCGAGAGUUGAGAGAGCAAAUAAUUAGCCUGACUGAAAAAAACACAGAGCUUCAAGAAAUUGUGAAACUGGGAGUGAAAGAACAGACUAACUUAGAGAAUGAAAUGAAACUUUUGCAGAGCAAAAUGGAAAAAGAUACGAAGACCAUGGAAAAGUUUACAAAUGCUUAUGACUUACUGAAGGCAGAACUUGAGAGAGAGAGAGAAAGAGUGCAAGCAAAAAUUCAGGAACUAAAAGAAGCUCAAGAUGCUCUCUCAAAAUUAAAAGAAACUGGAGCUCAGCCAAUAGCAAAGAAAGCCUCCGAUCUGGAAGAAAAAAUGAAAAAGGGAAGAAAAAAAAGCUUGAAAGGGAAAACUAGCAAAGAAACAGCCAGUAAAGAGCCAGCUCUUAAACCAGCAACCACCAAAGGUGCAGCCCUCGAAGAUGCAGCUCUCAAAGAAGCAGCCACCAAAGAAGCAGCCACCAAAGGAGAUGGGACAAGUGAAAUUUUGGAUGAGGCGGCUGAGAGAAAAGCAUUAUAUAAUGAAAUAAAGAGGCUUAAGAAAGCUGAAGAGCAAGCAAGAUUGUAUGUAGAGAGACUUCAGAAGGAAUUAAGAGACUUGAAUCAAUCUUGGGAAUUAAAGUUUGAUAUUCUAAAGAGAAGCCUGCAUGCUAUUAAGAAUGAGAUGUAUCUUAGACAAUCACUGCAGCAAUCGGUGAAAUUCAGACGCCCAUUACUAAAUGAAAGGAAAGCUUUGCCUAUACACAUCCAGAAUCGAGUUCAGAAUCCUCCACAUAAACGCCGUUGGAUCUCUAGUAGUUUGUAUAUGCAGUAUUCUCCUCUGCCAGAGAUAACUGCUGAGAUAGACAUUGAGCCAAGUGAAGAAGAUCAAAAUGAUGCUAACAAUCCAGUUACAACUGCAAUACCCAAUGCUUUAACACAAGAUGAGGAAAGGCUUGAACUGUCGAGGUUACCAUCCUCACCUCUUGUGUCCCCUGAACACUGAUGUAGGUUGGAAUCCUCUACCAUAUCUGGAACAAUUGUCUGUACCAAAAAGGUUGAAUGCUUUCAGUUUUUCUAAAGCUUAGAAGGAACCAAAAACAGAUGGCCAAAUAAGAAACCAUUGCUCCUGAGAGCAGUGCUUGAGCAUUUUCUGCCCAAAUGUCACAUUGAUAGAAGUAAGUCAAGAUAUUUCUGGAGCACUGCUUCUAACUGUUAAGAGCAUUGGAGUGCUUUUCCUGCUUCAAAAAUAAAU